AUGGUCUACGUUAUUGACACCCAAAGAGGACAGCAAGUAUCUCAAUACAGACCCUGUGGUGCAUGUAUUACGAGAGGCGGUGGAACGAUGAUCCAGCAUAACAUCCGUUCCGACACAAUGUCGACGAAAACAAUGAGAGGUGGCACCGGAUUCGGAACUCGAGGUAGCAGCGGAUCCGUACUCAUCGAAUAUCUCGUCAUAAAGAGUUGUGGAGGACGUGGCGGAACCCUCAACAUCUGA